AUGUCUAGCUUACCUAAUGAAAACGGUGUUGUAGAAGAGUUACCUAACAAGAAUAACUCUAACGUUGCUGAAUACAGGACUACUUCUGAUGAUUCUGAUGGAUCUUUGAAUGAACCUUUCAAAUACAAUGGUGAUGCAAGAAAGCAAAGACUUGCAGGUGGUACUAAACUCAAGGACAUCCUUGUUAUCUUUUGUGCUGGGUUUGCCUUGAUUUCAGAUGGUUAUCAGAACAAUGUUAUGACCAUGUUGAACAGUGUGCUUACUUUGGAAUAUCCUAAGGAGUACAAUGCCUAUAUGAAGACAACGGUUUCAUAUGCCUCAACUGUUGGUACUAUUUUUGGUCAAGUUGCUGUAGGUUUAACUACUGAUUACAUGGGUAGAAAGUGGUCAAUUGUUACUGCAACUCUUUUCCUCAUUUUAGGUACAAUUAUGUGUGCGGCUUCCCAUGGUAAGACUGUUAACGGUUUACUUUGGAUGUUAACUAUAUCUAGAGGUGUAACAGGAUUCGGUAUUGGUGCAGAAUAUCCUUCUUCUUCGGUUUCAGCCAGUGAAGCUGCGAAUGAAUCUGUUAGAAGAAGAGGUGGGGCCUUUGUCUUAUGUACUAAUUUACCAUUAUCUUUUGGUGGUCCAUUUGCUCUUAUUAUCUUCUUAAUUGUGCAUCAAAUUACUAAAGAUCAUUAUGCCGCCUUGUGGAGAACCAUGUUUGCAAUUGGUGCAUUUUGGCCAUUGUCUGUCUUCUACUUUAGAAUGAAGAUGACCACUUCAGAAUUGUAUAAGAAAAAUGCUAUCAGAAAGAAGGUUCCUUACUGGUUAGCAUUAAAAUACUAUUGGCCAAGAUUAUUAGGUACUUGUGGAUGUUGGUUUUUGUACGAUUUCGUUACAUUCCCUAAUGGUGUCUUCUCUGCCGGUAUUAUUUCAUCUGUAUUAAAAGGUAAAGCCGCAAAGGACUUAGAUAGGAUCGCUGAAUGGACUUUAUUAUUAGGAAUAAUUGGGAUUCCCGGUGUAUUUGUGGGUGCAUACUUAUGUGACAGAAUAGGUAGAAAGUAUACCUUAAUGACUGGUUUCUGUGGAUACAUUGUAUUCGGAUUGAUUGUUGGAUGUGGUUAUGAAAAGAUAUCAAAAAUUACUGGUUUGUUUAUUGUUUUGUACGGUUUAAUGAUGUCUAGUGGUAACUUGGGGCCAGGUGAUAUGAUGGGAUUGACUUCUUCUGAAUCAUUUGCAACACCAAUCCGUGGUACAUGUUAUGGUUUGUCAGCAGCCAUCGGUAAAGUUGGUGCUGUUGUUGGGACUAAAUGUUUCACACCAAUUCAAACUAACUUGGGUAAGAAGUGGACUUUCAUUAUCGCAGCAAUCUGUGGUCUUCUUGGUGUUUUAAUUGCAUACUUCUUGAUUCCCCACUUAAAUGACGAGGAUUUAUUAGAAGAAGAUAUAAAAUUCAAGAAUUAUUUAGUGGCCAAUGGCUGGGAUGGUGACUUUGGUACUUCAUCGGGACAAGCUCUGAGUACCGAAUCAGAACUUGAAGAAGAAGAAGUCGUGAAAAAAGCGUGA